CGGUUGACAUACUACCCCCAAGGACAUUACUCCUCAGGAAUCUAGUCAUGAGUGAUGCAGGUACCUAUAUCUGCCGCCUUCCCAAUGGCUCAGAAACCCGCACUGUCCUUCAGCUGACUCCAGGCUGUCACAACAAUCUCAAUGUCUCUGCCAAGUGGAAGGGUUCAUCCUCAUUGCACCUCGGCUGCCAUCACUGUAAUUCUCUGGGUGUAAAAGACUCUUUUCAAUGGAUGCUGAAUUCAAAGCCACUCGGUAACCCCUUUUGGGCUAAAAAGAGCAACCAUGGGUCUACCAUAACAAUACAUACCAUCCGGAAGGCAAUUUGGGGACGCUGGGAGUGUCAUUCCCAUGUUAAUCAUUCUUGGAUCUCUGAAAUUUGCUUGAGUCCACUUACAGAAGAAGAUACAGGCACCGUACGAAUCACCCCUGAGAAUUGUCCUUCUGCAAAACCCACCUCUUUGGCAGCAUCCCACUGGUCACAUCCUCCUGUCACUAAGACUACAGAAGCUACACUGAUAGAGCCCACUAUAAAGGGGACUCCGGUCUGGGUUUGGGCAGUGGCAGUGCUUUUGGUUGUACUGGCGAUCAUACCAGCUGCUCUUGGAACAACUGUAUGGCUGUGGAAGAGAAAGCAGGCAGACAGAAAACACAGAGAAAACCAAGAGAGGACAGAUCAUCCUUUCCUGAGAUACACCACCAGAAAGAAGGAGGAUAUAAUGAAAAGGGAGAGUCUGCAUGAGAGAUCCGCUUCUAUUCAUUACGCCCAGUUGCAACAUCUCAGAAGGAAAUCUACUACUGUUCAGACUCCAGACAGCACAACCGUGUAUGCAGUAAUUGUUUGAUACCAUUUCUGUCAUUUCUCACUGUCACAUUAAGGCUUACCCACCAUUUCUCGAUCUGCAACCGAAGCUCUGCUUCUCUGCACAAUUUCUUUGAGUGCAUUCCUUGCAAUGUGCUGGAAACAAUUGCUUCUCUCUCCUGACUAACAACACUGUUAGUUUCUUUUCAGUGCCAGGUCAAAACAUGACCUUUUUUCAACACUUUUGUGGCCUAACUUACUUUUUGCAAUAUGUACAGGGUUUCUAAAAUCCUUUAGCUUUUUUAAUUGGCUAAGUUGUUUUAUCCUGUUUAAAAUAUAUGCUUGUUUUGAUCUGUAGUUGUUUAAAUUAUUUAUAUUAUUUUAUUUGUUUGCCCCCUCCCUGGGAUCUCAAAAUAAAAAGGUGGGAUAAAAAUAUCAUAA